AUGGGCUCGUCCACGACUAAGCCGAAAGUGCUCGCCUUGGGCUAUCCUGAUUAUGCCGGCGAUGCUUACAUGGCAGAGUUUGAGAAGGCAUUUACCAUUGACGUCCUCAAGCCUAGCGAUCGAAAGGGCACCCUCGAAGGCGUUGCAGCCAAGGUCAAGGAAUCUGGGCCAUACGAUGCCCUCCUCGUCCUCAUGGGCAUUGGCCCAUACGAGCCCUUUGACGAGGAAUUCUUGAAGCCUCUGCUCCCCCAAUGCAAGAUUCUCGUCUCUUGCUCGGCCGGAUAUAACGAGUUCGACGUCCCCUGGAUGACCAAGAACGGCAUGUGGUUCUGCAACACACGAUCUGCUGUAUCUGAACCAACCGCCGAUAUGGCCAUCUUCUUGAUACUGGCUGUGCUCCGUGAUACUACACGAGGCGAGAAACAGGCCCGUGAGGGCAAAUGGAGAGGGGCGCUUCCUCCUACGCGUGAUCCUACCGGUCUCACCUUGGGAAUUGUCGGUAUGGGUGGUAUCGGAAAGCACCUUGCGAGGAAGGCUCAGGUUUUCAACAUGCGAGUCAAGUACUACAAUCGCACGCAACUUAGUGCCGAAGAGGAGGCCAGAUAUGGAGCCAGCUACGCCAAGUCCAUGGAGGAGCUUCUGAGCCAAUCUGAUGUGGUCUCAAUCAACUGCCCCCUGAAUGAAAAGACAGUUGGGCUUAUUGGAGAGAGGGAGUUCUCCCAGAUGAAAGAUGGUGUUUUCUUUAUCAACACUGCUAGAGGCCCUAUUGUCGAUGAGGAGGCUUUGAUAAAGGCUCUCAAAAGCGGCAAGGUGGCGCGUGCUGGACUCGACGUGUUUGACGGGGAGCCAAAGAUCAACCCUUAUUUCAUUGAGUGCGACCGUUGCACAAUCCAGCCUCAUCUUGGCGGCCUGACAGAUGGUGCGUGGAAGGCAGCUGAGAUUGAGUGUUUAGAAAAUAUCAAGAGCCUCUUUUCAACUGGAAAGCCAGUAGCACCGGUAAAUACUCUCUAG